CCUCAUAUGACUAAUCAUGUCUAGAGCCAGCACAUCUCUAUGGAUAUUACUGUUGCUAUUCGCAGGGGCUAACAGCGAAGACAACAAUAAUGGCUGUGACAAAAACCCAUGUAUGAACAAUGGAGUGUGCGAGAACCAGGAGGGAAAUUACAAAUGCCAUUGUUCCCAAGAAAGACAAAAUGAUCAUCUCUAUGGUGGUCCAAACUGUACCGUACUGCUGUUGGGUUGUGAACGUCACUGGUGCCAGAACGGUGCCACAUGCUCUCCAUACUUGGAUAAAGGACGACAUAGAUACAGCUGCAUCUGCCCUGAAGGUUUCAUUGGAACAAAGUGCCAGACCUCCACCACCUUCUCUUUUGAGCAAAAUGGGUUCAUGCAGGUCCGGACCUUCCUCACGAAUGUCUUUGAACCACUGAAUGUCACUCUGAGUUUUCGUACAUUGCAAGCAAAGGCCACGCUGCUGCAAUGUCGCGUCGACGAUCAGCUUCUCGUGCUGGAGUUGGUGGAUGGAAGGUUGCGGCAUACGUUUCAGAGAGGUCAGGAAAUGGAAAUGAUUCUUUUAGAGCUCCCAUUCAUGGUCUCUGAUGGCCAGUGGCACACAGUGAAGGCUGCGCUGCACGACAGCACGCUGGGGUUAAGUCUUAAAGACCUGUCUUGCACUGGAGGGACCUGUAACAUGGAACUACAAAUAGACCGAGCAGAGUCGGAACUGGGUUCAGGUGUAUCUGGGUUGACUGUGAUCCCAAACAUAUACAUAGGCGGAACAGCAGAGCAACAGACUGCUUCAAACUUUCUGGGGUGCUUGCGAGACGUCUGGCUGAAUUCACAUGUGGUGCUGCCAGGAUCAGGCCCGCGGGCUCCUAUUAAGCAGUUUAAUGUUGUGCAGGACUGCACUGAUGGGGACCAGUGCAGGCAAAACCCGUGCCAUAACAGAGGCAGAUGUGUCAGGACUGGAUGGAGGAGCUUUAGCUGCGAAUGCCAUCGGCCAUAUGAGGGAGAGCACUGUUUAGAUGAAUACGUCACUGCAAGGUUUGGCAAUGAAGAUUUGGAGAGCUACGCUACGUUCACAGUGGAAGACAACCCGGGCGUCAGUUUUACAUUAUCCAUGUUUGUGCGCACACGCCGUCCCCAGGGUCUGCUCCUGGGCCUCUCCAACAGCACCAGUCAGUAUCUUCGUGUCUGGCUGGAAGCUGGAAAAGUCAAAGUUCAAAUCAACAACUUUGAAAGCCUCGUUGGAUGGGAAACGGUUAAUGAUGGUCAUUUUCAUCUCAUAACCGUGAUUGUUGAACCAGAAUUCCUAACUCUGGUCCUGUCUGCCAAAAGCCAAGGUCGCGUUCCCAUCCGCAGCGUGCUGAUUCAGGCUGGAGAUGCGGUGCAUGUGGGGGGCUUGCCUGGCCGGAGUGCAUCCCUGACUUUCGGGGGCUAUUUCAAGGGCUGUGUCCAAGAUCUGCGAUUAAAUACCAGACGCUUGCAGUUCUACCCUAUCAGCGUUCCAGUGAGCUCAUACAGGCUUGAGAACUUGGUGAAGGUCAAACGCAGCUGUACUGGAGAUGACUCCUGCAGUAACAAUCCGUGUUUGAAUGGCGGUGUGUGUUACUCCAUGUGGGAUGAUUUCACCUGCAGCUGUCCACCCAACACAGCAGGGCAGCGCUGUGAGGUAGUCAGAUGGUGUGAGCUGUCUCCAUGUCCAUCCACUACCAUAUGUCAAGCACACAGUCAGGGCUUUGACUGUAUGGCCAAUGUGAGCCUGCACGGCAACAGCCCCAUAAUCACACAUCGUGGCAAUGGAAAAAUACGGCGAUACCUCAAUAACAUUUCAAUACACUUCAGAACCAGGCAGCAGAAUACUACCUUACUGCAUGCUGAGCAGGACUCUCAGUUCAUCACAAUUUCGAUCCAGGAUGGACGACUAGUUUUCGAGCUGCAGGGAGGAAAAGGAGCCUCUUACGUACAUGUGCAAAGUUUGGCCCUGGUUAAUGAUGGCCGGUGGCACCGAGGAGAUUUUAGCAUGGACAACCCAACCCUGCAGACAUCCAGAUGGAGAAUGCUUGUGGAUGAGCACUGGGAGACGCCUUCCAUCUCAUUUACAACCUCGGGAGAUCUGGGUUUCCUGAGAGAAGGUGUAGACAUCUUCUUGGGGGGGUUGGGACCGGAUUCUGGGGGUAACUUAGUUGGCUGUCUUGGAUUGGUGGAAAUUGGAGGCCUUGUGUUACCCUAUUAUAGUGAUUCAGAGAUGAACCUGCCCCGACCCCAGAUAGAGCACUUUUUGAAAACUUCAGGGUCUCCCUAUUUGGGUUGCCGGGGCUUCAAUGUCUGUGAUCCAGACACGUGCCAUAAUGGUGGAGUUUGUGAGGAUCUCUUCAAUCUUUUUAAGUGCCACUGCCCAGCUGAUUGGGAAGGCACAAAAUGUAGUGUGAACAGUUGCACCUCAAACCCGUGUGUUCAUGGAACCUGUAGGGUAGUCACGGGAGCAUAUGAAUGCUCGUGUGAUGUCGGCUACACUGGCAAACGCUGUGAAGUGGAUGUGUGCGCACAUCACAAGUGCAGUAACGGUGGAACAUGCCUCAGAGGUCUAAAACGAUACGCAUGCCUCUGCCCCAGGAACACAACAGGACCCUUCUGCAGAGAACGAGUGCCUGACCUAUGGUAUAUCAACAGGUUUCUAUACCCUAAACUUCCCGUGUCUGUGUGUGGGAAUGAGAAAUGGAACUAUAGCUGUUUUAAUGGUGGCAAUUGCUCUUCUGUGGAGGAUACAUGUGACUGUCUACCUGGAUUCGCUGGACAAUGGUGUGAGCUGGAGCUGGACGAAUGUGCGUCUGACCCCUGCCUCAAUGGAGGCUUCUGCCGUAACCUGAUCAACAGGUUCCAGUGCGUGUGUGAGAUGAGCUUCGCCGGUGACCACUGUCAGAUUGAUGUCAGCGACUUCUACAUCUAUGUGUUCCUGUUGCUGUGGCAGAACAUCUUCCAGCUGUUGUCAUACCUCAUUCUGCGUUUAGAUGAUGAUCCCGAGAUCGAAUGGAAUAUGGCCAAUGAUGACUAGUAAAACUGAAUUUCUUCUCAGACAAAUAUCAUGAUGUAUGCUGAAUGGACACAUUACACAAAGACCUUUGAAUAUUAUUUAAGAACAUUUUAGAUGGUCUUUAUCGCAUAGUCAAGACUGGGCGGGAGCAAUAGUUUAAGUUAUAGUUUUGGAAUUGUACAUUGAAAACCCAUUGUAUGGUGGUUACAGCCACCUGAUUGGUCAUGUGCUAAUGAAGAAUUAUGAUCUGCAUCUGCAUAUAUCUCUAUAUAGAUUUCAGUUAAAUAAAAAAGUAAUAUUUU